GGGAGGAGGAGCCGGGGCCGCCCCCAGCCUCUCCCCGUCCCCUCAGCGCCCAUGGGCCCGGAGGCGCUGCGGCCGCGGGCCGUGCGCUGGGCGCUGCUGGCCGCCUUCGCCGCCGGCGUGCUGGUGGGCUGGCAGGCCGGCCGGGCCCGGCGCCGCUUCCUCCGCUGGCGCCAGCAGCGCCUCCAGCGCCGCCUCGAUGCCGCCCGGGAGCAGCUGGAGGCGGCCUGAGCCGGGGCUGGAGGCCGGGGGCCGGCCCCGUCGUCCCGGCGUGAUCGCGGCGGUGAACGCGGCUCUGCAUCGUGCGACGGCGUCGCCUUGCUGCGGGCCGGGGCUGGGCUCUGCGGGGGACAAGCGGCGACAAAAGGACUCGGAGGACUCGCGGAGGCCGCGUUGGAGCUGGUGGAGACGGAGAGCGCUGCGGGGCGCCGGCACUGGCAGCCGGGAAGGGGCCUUCGCUGCGACGGACUGGCGGGAGGGAACAACACCGAGCGGGGAUCCGUGAGGGGCGAUGGCACUGCGCGUACCGCCGUGUUUCAGCGCUGCCGGCGUUUGUCUUGCUUCGCGAUGCCCAGGCCUGCGGCUGGUGCACGCUGCCCUGCCCUGCGCAAGCGCUGCUGAUAAAUCGAUGAGAAAA